CGUUACGUAGUGCAUUGUACAAAUUCUCAGUAUCUAGCUGCAAAACGUUGUGACAUGUACUCAAAUAAGUUUAGCCGUCUCGUGUUAGGACUUUACGGCCGUAAACGGAGCUCUGUUUGCGGGGCGGUACAGAGCGCUGCCGGCCGGAGCGGAUUCAGCUGGACGGCGGUGUGUAAACAGCGGUCACUGAGGCUGCAGAGGAGCAGCUGUCCGGAGGUGCAGCAUCACGCCCUGUCCUCUCAAAUCAGUACUAGGUCAGCCUCCCAAACCACAGUGGACCCGGAUGAGGUGAGAAGAUUCCAAUCACUGGCCAGCAAGUGGUGGGAUGAACAGGGAGAAUUUGCAGCUCUUCAUGCUAUGAAUGACCUGAGGGUGCCUUUUAUACGGGAUAAUCUGCUGAAUGUGCACAGAGCGCGGCAUCCUGGGAAACCACUGGCAGGACUCAGAAUACUGGAUGUCGGCUGUGGAGGAGGCCUGCUCACAGAGCCCCUCGGUCGCCUGGGGGCUAAUGUGUUGGGUAUAGAUCCAGUAGAGGACAGCAUCUGCACCGCCCAGCUGCAUGCGUCCUAUGACCCGGACCUUCGUGACUGUGUCUCCUACCAGGCCUGCACCUUGGAGGAGCUCUCAGCAGAAGGCGAGGAGGAGCAAGGAGCAGGCCAUUUUGACGCUGUUGUGGCAUCAGAGGUGGUGGAACAUCUGGCCGACCUGGAAACAUUCGCCUUCUGCUGCAGCCACGUGGUGAAGCCAGGGGGCUCACUCUUCAUCACUACUAUUAAUAAAACCAACCUGUCAUACGCACUGGGUAUUGUUGUAGCCGAGCAGUUGCUGCGUAUCGUUCCCAGUGGGACGCACGACUGGGAAAAGUUCAUCAGCCCAGUGGAGCUGGAGCGCCUCCUGGAGUCCAAUGGUUUCUCAGUGCAGUCUGUACAAGGAAUGCUGUACAACCCAGUAUCAGGAGCCUGGAGCUGGACAAACAGCACGGCCAUCAACUACGCCCUCCACGCUGUCAAACUGAGAGACGAUCCCCAGCCGGAUCAAGCUGAGGAAAGCAGCCCCCACCCAGAGGACCACACUGCAGCUACUCACAGCUGAGCCACAAGACUGGAGAACAAAUCAGAAAAUGAGAGAAAAAAAAAAAAAUCAGAUGUGUGGAGUUGUAACUUCACAGAGGCCAGAGGCUGGGAUGCAGCACGUGACGGCGGUUAUUAAAGGAACGGGACAAACAGCCCUGAGAUAGAAUUAAAGAUGUGCUGCAGUUGCUGGUUUGCACUCAGAGUAAAAUUGUGUGAUGCUUUUAGUUUCCAGUCAGCCUUUGCCUUACUCUGAGCCGGUGUUACAAAUGGUUUUAUAGAGUUUAAUGAGCUGUGCAAGGCAACUGUGCAUCUUCUUAUUAUGUAAUUCAGUAGCAGAGCUGUGUAACAAUCUAUUAUAGCAACAUCAAUCAUUUGCAGUGUGUCUACUGUACUGAACCAGCGUGGUGUUUUAGGUUGAAUAUUUUGUGAUUUGCCAUAUCUUCUAUUAAAAUUAUCUCGAGUGAA